AUGGCGCCUCCGCACUGCCACACCCGACCAAACCCUAUCCCAUCUCUCCCACGAACCCCCCACCCCCACGAACCCGACUCCCUCCCUUGUCUCUCCCCACUCGCCUGGAUCCGGAUCGGGGAGGAGCCCAAUCCCGCGCCGCCUCGUGCCCCUGACGGCGCCCAUCCCCACCGCCGCCGCGGUUCGCCGCCUCGACGCGCUGGACCUCGUCACCGGAUCACCACAGUCGUCCCCGACUCCUCCUCGCCGGACGCCGCUCGCCACUUGCCGGACUGCCCUGCCGCCGCUCGGAACCCCCCCCCCCCCCCCCCCUCGCCGGACCGCCUCCCCGCCAAGCGCCUCCCCGUCCUUGGCCUCCUCACCAACGACGCCCCGACGCCAACACCGUUCGCCGUCGCUGCCACCUCGCCCUGCCUUCGUGUUCCCCCUGCAUCGGGCCUCCCCUUCAACGCGGACCCCGAGACCGAUGUUGCCCCCAUGAUCGACUACGUCGUCGACGACCCUCCUUGCCAGAGCAACCAGAUGACGGAUCCCAGGAGCCAGACGUCACCACUGAUGAUUACUACUACCCCGAGGGUGCCUACUACAACGUGA